ACAAAGGCUUGAAGGAGCUGAGGGGAGAGCUGUACAUAGGUCUGGGGGUAGUGUAGCAAGCAGAGACAGCAUCAUAGGCAGAGGAACUGAGGUGGGAACGUACUGCUAGGAGACCCGUUGACGAGUGAGAAGGAGGUGAGUAGAUGAGUUACAUUAUGGGCCAUGUCACUUGGGUGCUUUCAGGCUGUUGUAAGGUACAUGGAUUUUACUGCGGCAAGAUGGAACCCAUUGAGGACUUUUGCUUAUAGGAGUAACCUGUUCUGAAGUUUAUAUGGGGGAGUGGCAAGAUCCGAUUUUAUUUUUGAUGCGUGUCUCAGGCUGAAUUGGGGCGCAUAGCUUUGAGAGGAGUGAGACUGCAGGUUGGGAGACUAGGAGGCUAGAGCAGUGAUUGAGGCACAUCUAACAUGUCAUUUGAGGAACUGUUGGAAUUGCAGAGCCAAGUGGGGACUAAGGCAUACAAACAAUUGGUAGCUGGAAACAGCCCUAAGAAGCACAGUCCUAGACCACCUAUUCAAAAUGCACGUGUUGCAGAUAAGCACAGGCCUCUGGAAAUGUCAGCCAAGAUCCGAGUACCAUUUUUACGUCAGGUUGUUCCCAUCAGUAAAAAGGUAGCCCGGGACCCUCGCUUUGAUGAUCUGUCAGGUGAAUAUAAUCCUGAGGUGUUUGACAAAACAUAUCAAUUCUUGAAUGACAUCCGAGCGAAAGAGAAAGAGCUUGUGAAAAAGCAGUUGAAGAAGCACCGUUCAGGAGAGGAGCAUGAGAAACUGCAGCAACUGCUUCACCGAAUGGACCAGCAAGAAAUGGCACAGCAGGAACGAAAGCAACAGCAGGAGCUGCACCUGGCCCUGAAGCAGGAACGUCGGGCUCAGGCCCAACAGGGCCAUCGGCCAUACUUCCUGAAGAAAUCUGAGCAGCGCCAGUUGGCACUAGCUGAGAAGUUCAAGGAGCUGAAACGCAGCAAGAAACUGGAGAGCUUCUUGAGUCGCAAGAGGCGACGAAAUGCAGGCAAGGACAGGAAACAUCUCCCUUUGAGCAAAGAACAAUAAGGAACUAUCCGCUGCUCUGCCACUGCCCCAGGGAGACACGGAUCUGUGAGGACAGAUUUGGCCUCAGCUCCUUUAUGUUCAAGGGCAAGGAUCACAGCUGCCCUUGAUUUUCAUUGCCUCAGAGAAAACUAAAGGCCUCUUGGACGGCUCCUAGGGCUAGACAAGAAGAAUAGUUCAGCCUUCUGCCAUGCCAUGUGGCCUCAGCUUGGAUCUGGUUCAUUGUGUCCUUGUGUUCUUUCAUCCUUACCUUAAAACAGGGAUUCUGAUCCCGAAGAAGAGGGACCAGUGAAGACUAUGGCGGUCUGUCCAUGACUCUCAGGGCUAGGACAUUAUGUAGGAGCCACUUCAUAAACAUUCUCGUUACUCAUCUUUUUA